GCCGGCGUGGGUGUGGUGACGUCAUUGUUGUGUUUACUAGUGGUUAACUCGCCGGAGACAUGAAUGAAUUGCUAUUUUUCGACACUUUCUCCCAUGAAGUGAGCGAGAAGGUACAGCUGGACCUGGUACAGUUCCCGCGGCCUGUACAGGUGACAGAGGUGCGGGCCAUCCCUCUUGGAGCGCGGGUACAGGCUGACUUCCCUGGUGGUGUGCGUUUGGGAGCCACCAACCCCAGCCAGUUUGAGAUUGAGUUCUUUGUGAAUGACCUAAGCAAGCGCGGGGCGGGGACCUUCGAGAGUGUGGGCUGCCUUCAGUACAACCAGCAGGGCAAGAUUCACAUGGACUUUGAGAAGAAGGUCCCCACCGACGGCUUACUCCUUCGUGGGAAUUACAACACCAUCACCCUCGCUGUUUAUGGCCAUGUCACCAAAGUGCAGAGGGAACCGUCCCCCGCCCCGCCCCAGCACCCAGCCCCGGCCCCCACCAAGACCCCCAAGCCAGCCCCGGUGCCGCCCUCAGCCCCGGUGCAGCCCUCAGCCCCCACCCCAGCACACCCACCCCCGGAGAAGCUCAACACCCAUGACCGGAUAAGAGACUGGCUGGAGGAGACCAGGGAAUGUGUGAGUGACGAGGCUGAAGGCUUUGGGUACGAGGAGAUAAUCAGCGACGAGGAGGACCUUCCGGAAUACACCUAUGAGGAGGAGUGGGUCAUUGACGAGUGGGAAGACUGGCUGCGACCUUUGACCCUCGACCCAUCCCCCCUCCACCCACCCAAGCACCUGGUCUCUCCCACACUGACUGAAUUCCAAGUGGCUCUCCAACGCUGCCAGGCCGAGGGUUUGGAGGGAGAGGAAGACCAGCUGCAGUGGAGCAUGUGUCAACUGAUCCCCAGAGAUUUGCCUCCACUUGUUGCUCGGAAUGGAUUCGACGCGUGUGGGACGCUCUGUGACUGGGUGGAGGUCGGCCUGGACUUCCAACGUGCCCUGGCCCAAGAACAGCCGGUCUAUAAGAUCCGCCACAUGAAGGUGGGAGUGCGUCUGACCCAGCUGCUCCUCCAGUGCUGCUGCGAGGUGACCCGGCGAGUGCUGAACAGAGGGGUGCUGGACAAGCUGCACACGCUGUACCACAAACCCCACAUGGCCCUCUCCAUGAAGCUGCUCAUUCUCAGGACAAUCGACACCAUCACAACAACACCACUGGGGCUCAAAUACUUCCUCGGCCAGCCCCUGGGGGAGGAACGGGCAGAGGAGGAGGAGGAGGAGGGAGAGAAGAAGAAGGAAGGAGAGGAGGAACAGAACGCAGAGAUGGCCAAGAAGGACGAGAAGGAAGAGGAGGAGGAGGAGGAAGAGGAAGGGAAGAAGAAGAAGAGGAGGAGGACAGGGUAUGAGAUGAUGCUGGAGAUGCUGGCGGCUGUUCCUCAGACCCGUGCUAAGAUGGCGCUGGCUGCCACGGUGCGCAAGAUCCACCUGCUGGACAUCUGCCUGCAGCUGCGUGAGGUUGGCCAGGUCAUCGCCGCUGCCAUGCCCCCCCCUCACCACAUCCCAGAACCCCCCAAGCCCAGGGAUGAGAUGGGAGUGAUGGAGGAGGAGGGGGUGGUGGGGGUGGGUGACGGUGAUGAGGGCGGCUGUGGUGGUGGUGGUGGUGAGGGAGAGUGGAGCUUCACCCAGUGUGCCCCCCCGACCUGCCCCUCACCCCCCACCACCUGCCUGGCGGAGGUGUGUCGCGUCUACAGGUUUGCUAAUCAACUCCUGGCUCAUCCACACAGAUGGCUGCCGGGUUCCAAACAAUUCCAGCUGCCCAAGAACCCCCACGACCCGUACCCGCAGCUGUACGUCAUCCUGGACAGCGCUGCGUUCCUGGAGGCGCUGGCAGGGGUGGUGGGGGUGCUGGGGGGGCUGCAAGGGGGGGUGGUGCUAGAGGACACAAGGAGGCUGGUAGAGGGAAUGCUGGCACACUCACACGGGGUGAGGUACCUUGCAGCUCACCCCGGCCCCUCCACCACCCUGGCUAGAGUCAUGGUGCAGAUUGGAGAGGAUAGUCGGGAGGAGGAGGGGGGCCUGUACCAGCUGGGGCUGCAGCUGCUGCACACACUGCACGCCAUGGCCCAGCUGGAUGCCCUGGCCCAGCUGGCGGCCACACACAACCCGGACUACUCUCAAGCAGCCGGCCACUUCAACACGCUGCUGUCCUGCGUGCUGAGCCCCGUGGGGCGGCAGGCGGUGGUGGGGCUGUUGGGGCUGCACGGCCACCUGGAGGUGCUGUUCCCCUACCUGCGCCUUGGUGCCGGUGAUGACCAGGACAACGCGCCGACCCGCCUGGCGUGCUACGGCUACGCAGUGGAGUUGGUGGUGAUGGUGGUGAAGCUGUGUGAGCGCGUGGAGGCGGUGGAGCGGUGCGGGGCGGCGCUGCUGCAGCUGGUGGAGUACGAAGAGGCGCGGGAAGGACCCAAGCUGGAGGAGCACGCCCGCCUGUGUGAGGUGCUGCCCUGGCUGGCCCCGGCACGGUGCCCCGAGGCAGCCCCGGGCUACGAUAACCUGGCGGCACUGUCCGCCGGCCUCAAGGACCAGCUGGAGAAGAUUGACAAGUUCUCCGGUGAGCUGGUGACACAGCUGCGCCUCAUCCGCCGCCUCAGCGUGCCGGAGGAGGCUGUGUCAGCGCUGGCCCCGGAGGAACACAACGGGGAGCUGAUUGCCGAGCUCAAGUACCGCUAUGCCACAGUGCAGCUGUUCUCCGCAGACUGCCACACCCACCUGGCCGCCCUGCUGGCGCGCCUCUGCACCAUGUACGCCCAGCCCGCCGUGCACGCCUCCUCCCUGGCCGGCUCUGAGGGUGCGGUGCUGCUGGCGGUGGUGCGGCCUGCCCUGGCCAUCCUCAAGAACAUCCUGACGUACGUGAUCCAGGCACGCAACACGGCCUUCAAGGACCUCUCCGCUGUGGUGCCCCUUGUCCAGACCUUCCUCCUGCUGCAGGCCUUCCCCCCCGGCUCACAGCACAGCGGCCCUGCACAGCAGCUGCAGCGCCAGGUGGUGGCCACGCUGCUGCUCUACACACAGCCCCGCCAGGCCGCCCCGGAGGAGGAGGAGGUGCUGGCCAAGAGUCUCUGGACCAAGAUGAUGGCAGAGGUGGUGCGUUACUUGCUGACAGGGCCGCACACCUUCCUGGGCGUGGUGUGCCUCAUGCUGGAGCUGCUGCCAGUGCCGGUGCCAGUGCAGAGCCGGGGCGCCCUCACCACGGAGGAGGCAGAGCAGGUAAGUGCCCUGCGGCAGGCCUGGUCUGCCCACCUCUACCCGCUGGCCCCCGCCCUGCACGAGGCCGUGCUGCGCCUGGGCUUCACCAGCGUGCCGGCGCUGUGGCACCAGCUGCGCCGCCUGUGUGUGGCCCUGGCUGACCUGUCUGCCCCCAUGGCUCUGCUGGUGGCCCGUACCGCGCUGGACCUGGCCCUGCAGGCACACCGGCAGGACCAGCGGGCGUGCGGUGAGGACUUUGGGCCGUGCUCUCCCCAGACAGGCCGUGUGCUGGCCACGCUGGCCCAGCUGGUGUCCCACGCCCCCACCAAGGCUGCUGUGCUGCACCUGCUGCGCGGCGGCUCCCCCACGUUGGCCGCAGCCCCCGCCAAGGGUGAGGACAAGUACAGUGGCCUGGUGGCCCUCUGGUGCCGCAUCCUCAACGUGGCGGCCAGCGGCUCCCAGGCCCACGUGGCCGCCCAGGACUGCCUGCUGGCCCUCGUGCUGCACCUCUGCGACCACCACAACGCCCUCGAGCCGCCGCCGCCACCACCGCCAUCAUCCCGCGAGGCAGAGCCGCCAUCCCUGGAGGGAGUGCCCAACAAGGAGGUGCUGGUGCCGCUGGUGGAUGCCCUGGUGGACCACCUCCACAACCCACACAGCCCCCACCACUCCCUCCACCAGGGCCUGCGGGCACUCAUCCACCUCACUGAGCACGACUACGGCUUCUUCCACAUCAGGAGCGUGAUGGAGCGUAAGAAGGCCUGCCUGCUGAGUCUGUUCCAGCGUCUGAGCUCAGCGUUCCGCAAAGAAAACAUGGACCACCUCACGUCCUUACAGGGGGCCGUGGAGCUGUGCCACCUGCUCAUCGCCUCCCCCCCAGACCAGGCCCGCACCCUCACCGCCUCCCCCAACGACCUGGCCAACUACCUGGGGUGGAAGGUCGGGGGGUACGAGAUGUCCACCCGCCACCCUUCCACCCCCGCCCCACAGAAACCCAAGGAGGAGCAGGAGGAGGGGGAGGCCAAGGAGGAGGAGGUGGUGGAGGAGGGGGAGGCCAAGGAGGAGGAGAGGAAGGAGGAGGAAAGGCAGGAGGAGGUGGAGGUGGAGGAGGAGGAGCAGGAGGAGGAGGAGGAGGAGGAGGAGGAGAUGGUGGUGAAGAAAGAGGAAGGGAAGAAAGAAGAGGAACGGAUUCACCCUCUUAAGUUGUUGGAAAACCAAGUUGUGGCAGAAGGAUGCGAGGAGGAACUGAUGGAGACUCUGUAUGAAGAUAUCAACCAGCUAAUCUUGGUCUUGGAGAACGCCGGAACGCAGAACGCUGAUGCCAAGGAGUUGAGUGAGCCAGCUGGGCCAGAUGGUGAGGGGCUGGUGGCUCUGUUCAGUGGAAGGGUUGUGUGGACCAGCUCCUCGCCCUCCCAAGAUGACAUUCCUGCUUAUUGGGUCAGCUCUCCACCCCACCAGGAGCCAGACCACUCAGAAAUGGUAUCAACAAACCUGCUGGAGAUCUGCCUUCAGUAUGCUGGUGACUAUGACCUGGUGGGGAGCCUACACAAGCUGGUGAAGGGGCAGGGGGCGCAGGCACACCCCCAGAAGCUGGCAGGGAAGGGGCCACCCAGAUACAAGCACAGUGCCGGGGCCAUCAGGGCAGACAAGCGUGGCAGGCCCUUUGUUGCCCCAAUGCGUGGUCGUCCCUUCACCCGCGGCAUGAACCUUCGCAGCGACCCCUUCCGCAGCCGGCCCCCCAACACCUCCCGGCCUCCCUCCCUGCAUGUGGACGACUUUGUGGCCCUGGAGAGCACCGGCCACCAACCCACAGGACCCACGGGUUACAACAAGAUCUCCUUCGGCAGGGGCAAGUUCCUGCUUGACUCAAUGCGGGGCGGGCGGGGCAGCCGGGGCGGGCGGGGCAGUGAGAGCCGAGGCACCAGGUUCUUCCAUCGACCCCCAUUCAGACCAGACUCAGGCACAGUUCGCGGAAUCAACCCGAGAGGACGUGGUGCCCCUUGGCUGUUUCGGGGCGAGACCUCUCCACGGGGCUACCGGGGCACGGCGGCCAGUUCCGGGGGCAUGAGGUACAUCCGGGGGCGGGGCCUGUACACCCGGGGCAAUGGGAACGCCAGCGGGGGGCAGAAAGAGAGAUUUCCUGCCAAAUUUCCCGAAAGAGGAGGAAGGCGAGAUUUAAAUGGCGGGAGACAUAUUAGAGGAGGGUUCAGGUAAAGAGAGAGAGAGAGAGAGAAUGAAAGACAUGUAAUAAUAAGUGGAUAUAGGUGGAUAAGGUUGAAUUAAAUGUGCUUAAAUGGAGAGAGAGAGAGAGAGAGAGAGAGAGAGAGAGAGAGAGAGAGAGAGAGAAUAAAGAAAAACAAAUUAGUUUAUAAAGUAGACACGUUCAAAUGUGUAGGAAAUGAGAAAGAAAGAGAGAGAGAGAGAAAGAAUUACAACACAUACAGAGAUGAAAUGAGAGAGAGAGAGUGAGACACACACACACACACACACACACACACACACACACACAUUGCACAAAGAUAUAAAUAGAUAAGAUUAUUGGUUAGAAUAUUUUGUAUAGAUUAGGACAGGUUUGUGUAUGUAUGUAUGUAUGUAUUCAGGUAUUAUUAUUAUUAUUAUUUAAGGCUUUUUAUAAAUAUUUUCCGUCUUUUCCUCUCGUUUGUUCAAUUUUGUACAUGAAUGAAUGGACUUCCUGCUUGCAAAUUUGUAAAUGAAGGAAAAAAUGAAAUGAAUAAAAAGUUGAAUUAU